AUGUGGGCUGCAUGUUGCAACUGGUUUUGCCUGAAUGGACAGCCUGAAGACAUGCCACACUGCCCGCAGCCAGGAACUCGAGCAUACUCCAAUGCUGGCUACAACUCCUUCCCAUCUCCCACAGCUUCAGAGCAGAGUUGCAAAGCCUGUGGGGUGCAUUUCAGCAGUUCCUUCCUUAAGCGUGUCUGCCUGGACUGCAAAAAGAACUUCUGCCCUUCCUGUUCACACCAGCCUGAGAGUGGUCCCUGCCUCUGCCACCUCUGUGAGCGAUUCCGAGCUACAGCUUUUCAGCGGGAAGAACUUAUCAAAAUGAAAGUGAAGGACUUGCGAGAUUAUCUGGAACUCCGGGAGAUCUCCACGGAGAUGUGCCGUGAAAAAGAUGAGUUGGUGUACUUGAUCAUCAGUCAGCAGCCCUUGGAUCCACAAAGGGAGAGGGGGCCCCGGGUUCCUCCCCCAGCACCAGUGUCUGUUGCCCAGGAGGAGUGUACAACUGUGCCAGUUUCACUGGAUUAUUCUCCUGAGCAAAUUUCCACCAACCCUGCCUUGCAGACUGAGGAGCCUCCACAGGCAAAUGGGCACGUGCUGCCGAGCCAGGACGAUAUGGCAGAAGUUGAGAAUGCAGUCCAAAACCUGCCUGAGGAAGAGACGCAGUCCACUGAUUCAGAAGAUAACCUAGUUACGGGACGGAGGGCAUCCCUCUCUGACCUAACAAGUGUGAGAGAUAUUGAUGCCCUCUCAGUAAGGCAGUUGAAAGAGAUCCUGGCUCGCAACUUUGUUAACUACAAAGGCUGUUGUGAGAAAUGGGAGCUAAUGGAGAGGGUGACCCGCCUUUACAAAGAGAAGGACCUCCAGCAGUUGGUUUCAGAUACUGAUGAUCAAACUGCUCCAACUGGUAAUGCGACACUCCCCGGUUCUGAAGAAAAUCUCUGCAAAAUCUGUAUGGACUCCAUCAUUGACUGUGUCCUGUUGGAGUGUGGCCACAUGGUGACUUGCACAAAGUGUGGGAAACGUAUGAAUGAGUGUCCCAUCUGCCGGCAAUAUGUGAUAAGAGCUGUCCACGUUUUCAGGACUUAAGAGCACAGGAAACAGGACUAAUAUUCUUCCACUGUGACAGAGAGCACCAGUCCCAGCAACCUAGUCCCCAUUCUUAAGAAGCCCACAGAUGAUAGGUGAAAUGAAGGAUGGAGGGCUGCGAAGACUUGAGCUGUGAUUGGCUGCAUAUCCCGACUAAUACUGUGCAUUAUACCACAGUGCCUGGAGAGCUGGACAUCCUCAGUAGAUCUAGAAAGCAACAUGCCUUUUCU